GUUUCCUUUCAUAAAGUGACAUUUUGUUUAUUAUUAAAAAAAGGUAUUUUAUUUCGGUUCGAGUAAGAGACGAAAAUAAUGUCUCUCGUACAGUGUAUAUGUACAUUAACAAAAAGACGAAACGUGUUUUUUGUUAUUUCUUAUUUUCGUCACAAAUCGGAUAUUCGUAAUCCUGGUGAGAACCGCCGUCCCAGUUCGAAUUUCCCCCCUCACCCUGCACAAUCUUGUGCGCAAGGACCUCAGCGUCCCCCAUUUUACUGCUGUCCGCGUACUAAAUACGAUGUACAAUAUACGUACAUAAACGACCAGCCGCCAUCGACGACAAUGAGAGACAUCUUUGAUCGGGCCUCGCAAACUUUGUUUUGGACAGAAAUAGUCCGAGGUUUUGCCGUAACUUUAGGACAUUUGUUCAAAGAGCCAGCAACAAUCAAUUACCCUUUUGAGAAAGGUCCUCUUUCUCCAAGAUUUAGGGGAGAACAUGCCUUACGAAGGUAUCCCUCCGGCGAGGAGAGAUGCAUUGCUUGCAAGCUUUGCGAGGCGAUUUGUCCUGCUCAAGCCAUAACCAUUGAGGCGGAAGAAAGAUGUGACGGUUCCCGGAGAGCAACAAGAUACGAUAUAGACAUGACUAAAUGCAUAUUUUGUGGAUAUUGCCAGGAAGCAUGUCCUGUUGACGCAAUAGUCGAAGGACCAAAUUUCGAGUAUUGUACUGAAACCCACGAAGAGCUUCUAUAUAACAAAGAAAAACUGUUAUCAAACGGUGAUAGGUGGGAGCCAGAGAUCGCAAGUAACAUCAGAGAUAAUCAUUUAUAUCGUUAAUUGUUAAUUCGAUGAAAGGCUUUGGAAAGGAUCGAGGUUAAUUCGUUGAAAGGCUUAAAAUAUUUUCAUUCAAUUAAAAUCAUGUAAGUAUCCGAAGUAUGUUUAACCAAUUAGAUUUUACUGUCCUUGGUAUAGCUCGACAUGACUAAAAGUAAUAAUUCGGAAGCCUUGAACUGAAUUGAAUUGCCGAAAUGAUCUGUAAAUAUCUUUCGAGGUCGAAUACAUUUACGAUCUAACAUUUGUUUUACUUGUCGAAGCGGUUACGCGAAAGAAAGUUGAGUUAAUGUAAUGAUUCUGAAAUACGUUGUAAAGAGAAUAAUGAAGAUACAUUUUUUGAAGUGAAAACUUCUUUAGAAUCGUUGUGAUUUCAAACCGGAUGUAACGGAAAAAACGACAGGUAAGAGACACAAAUACAAAAAUGUGUAGGAUGAAGUCAGCAAAGAAUGAGACAGAAAUAUACAUACUAUUUAAUACAGCGCCAUCUGUGAGAUUUUUUAAUACUAACGUGUGUAUGAAAGCUCUUGUAGUGAAUUUUAAUUUAGGAUUAUACGUGAAAUUAAAAUAUCAAUUCACAGAGGGCGCUACCUUACAAUUAUUUACUAAUGACAAAAUUUUACAUAUACUUAAGACGUUUAGGAUAAUUGUAUUUUAAUUUUGGAAGGUUUCACUUCUACCACGUGUGAAUUGCACACAUUUUGGUUUUUUUUUAUUACUAAUUCAUUAAUCUCGAACGGAUAGACGAGAUCUAUGCAAUUCUAUAUAAAGUAACCAUCUUUACUUAAGUUUGCAUAAUAAUAAUGGAGCGUGUUCGUGCAUAAUGCUCCAUCAAUCAACAUUAACUCUAAAGUUUGUAAAAGAAGACAGAAAAUAAUGAAUAUGUUCUAGAUGAAAUUCGCCUUUUUUGUUUUUCUAUGUAAACCUAUUAUUUUGGUAUAAAUGCCAAUGUUGUUUUUGUUUUGUACGUUUCCACUAUUCCACUCGGAUUAUUCGGAAGGUACUGACAACUGUUUCGAAUAAUUGACGUUGCGUUUAAUAUAUUGUGUAAAAACUGGUAAUAACAUGAUAAUAUUUAUAUUAUAUAUGAAUAAUUGACGUUGCGUUUACUAUAUUGUGUAAAAACUAGUAAAACAUGAUAAUAUUUAUAUUAUAUAUGAAUAAUUGACGUUGCGUUUACUGUAUUGUGUAAAAACUAGUAAAACAUGAUAAUAUUUAUAUUAUAUAUGAAUAAUUGACGUUGCGUUUACUAUAUUGUGUAAAAACUAGUAAAAACGUGAUAAUAUUUUGGUAAUGAUGAUUGAAUUCUUGUUUAAUGUUAUGUUUUUUUAACUUGUUUAAUAAGACCUUAUUUACGAAUAUUUGUUUGACAGUAGUCAGGUUUGUUUUUGUGUGCAUAGUUAUUGUACUACCAAGAGCUUUUAGCUCUACUCGUAAAAUAAUUUAAUAAAAAAAUUUACUUAUUAAUUACACAACAUUUUAAAAUACACGCAUACUGUGCAAAAA